GUGCUGACAUUUGACAGUUGCGAAUGUGGACAAUCUUCCUUUCGAUUUCGGCUCCUGAAAGACGAGGUUUCAAUCACCAUGGUUAGCAAGAAGCCCCAGAAAAAGAAGGUGGUUGGCAGCAAGAAGGUUGCGGCGGCUCCGCUGGCAACGAAAAAAGUUGAGGUUAAGAAGGUGAUCAACCCACUGUUCGAGCGACGUGUGAAGAACUAUGGCAUCGGUCAGAACGUGCAGCCGAAGCGCGAUCUGUCGCGUUUCGUGCGCUGGCCGAAGUACAUCCGCAUUCAGCGUCAGAAGGCGGUUCUGCAGAAGCGCCUGAAGGUGCCGCCGCCGAUUAACCAGUUCUCGCAGGCCCUGGACAAGCCCACCGCCCAGCAGCUGCUGAAGCUGCUCGAGAAGUACCGCCCGGAGAACCCGAUCGCCAAGGUUCAGCGCUUGAAGGCGAAGGCCGAAGCGAAGGCGGCUGGCAAGGAGGAGCCUCCAACCAAGAAGUCGAAUCAGCUGCGCCAGGGCGUGAACACGGUGGUCAAGCUGGUCGAGCAGAAGAAGGCCCAACUGGUGGUUAUCUCCCACGAUGUGGACCCGAUUGAACUGGUCGUGUACCUGCCGGCCCUCUGCCGCAAGAUGGGUGUGCCGUACUGCAUCAUCAAGGGCAAGUCGCGCCUGGGAACGCUGGUGUACCGCAAGACGUGCACCUGCGUCGCCCUGACUCAGGUGGACAACUCGGACCGCGCCAACCUCACCAAGCUGGUCGAAACGAUCAAGACGAACUUCAACGAUCGGUACGAUGAAAUCCGUCGCCACUGGGGAGGUGGUCUUCUGGGACCCAAGAGUAUGGCUCGCAUCGCCAAGCUCGAGAAGGCAAAGGCCCGUGAAAUCACGCAGAAGGUUGCUGCCUAAUUUGCUUUCCAACUUUCUUAUCGGUUUAAUGCAGGCGUGCGCCGUCUGUAGUGAGUUGAUAAUAAAUUAAGUUCCGAAUGACGGA